AUGGGAAGAAUCUAUAAGCACUUCUGGCACCCACACGAGAGCGAUGAGCCUACUAGCUCUAACAAAGGGAAGAUCAGCUGGAAAGCUAGAAUGAAAGAAAAGUACGGUUUAGGGUUUGACUGCGAUGAAUGUAAGGAACCCAUUCCUGUGGGAAGUAGUAGUCACGCCUUGGAAUGCGACUUAUGCGACAAGGAGUGGCACCUUGAUUGCAUACCAACCUCGCCUGACGACAUAAACCACCCGUUCCACCCAUACCAUCCGCUCAAGCUUCUCAUCGACGGACCACCUGAUUACUCUAACGGGAAAUGCGUUACCUGCGAGCAGGAACUAAGGAGCUUUUUCCACCAUUGUUCGGUAUGCGAUUUCAGCAUGCAUGUGAGGUGCUCCAAAAACCCUCCUCCACUCAUUGUGGAUGCCCCGAGGUGCCACAAGCAUACACUCACCCUUAUGGCUAGAAACGACACAUUCACUUGUAACGCUUGCGGUACGCACGGCGAGCAAUGCCCUUACGUGUGCGCUCCUUGUGCUCUCAUGUUCCAUAGGGAGUGUAUCACGCUACCGCACGUCAUAAACAUCAACCGCCACGACCAUCGGAUCUCUCACACUUAUUCUCUUGGGUUCGGGCUUUGGAAGUGCUCCAUUUGUCACCAUAAGAUCGACUGGAGGUACGGCGCUUAUUCGUGUUCGAAGUGUCCUAGUUUCGCCGUUCACUCCAAGUGCGCAACUAGAAAUGAUGUGUGGGAUGGGGUAGAGCUCGAAGGUGUACCUGAAGAGUUUGUGGAUGUUUCUCCAUUCAAAGUGAUUGAAGACGGAGUCAUUAAUCAUUUCUCCCAUGAUGAGCAUAACUUAAGGCUUAUCGAGGAUGCUAUCGAACGUGAUGGGAGCAUACGGUGCGAAGCUUGCACAAGUUGUAUCUUUUCUGAGAAGCACUACAGCUGUAUGGAAUGCGAUUUUUGCCUCCAUGAAACAUGCGCUAAUCUUCCUCUUCAAAAACGACAUGGGCUUUGCACAAAGCCGCUUACACUAGUAAGGAUCAAAAAGGGUAUUGAUCAUGGUUUAUUCAAGUGUAUCGCUUGCACAACAAUAUCGAAUGGUUUCAGGUACGAGUAUGGUGAUGUAACCCUAGACGUACGGUGUGCGUCGAUGUCAUGGUAUUGCGAUUAUGAAUGUCACCCGCAUACACUCUUUCUCACUACGCUUGACAGGGACACUUGUGGGGCAUGUCUUGAAAGUUAUAAACAAGUGCUUCACUGCGUUGAAUGUGAGUUCACACUGGACUUCAAGUGUGCUACUCUACCAAAAAAGAUAAAGCACAGGUGCGAUGACCAUUUUAUGUCCUUGUGUUUUGGUGAGAAGGCGAGUGGUAAGUACUGGUGUGAGGUUUGUGAAACCGUUUUAGAUCCACAAAAAUGGUUUUACACAUGCGGUGAUUGCGGAGUCGUUUGUCAUAUUCAGUGUGUGCUUGGGGAGUUGUGGAAUGCGAAGCCAGAAGUCCUCAGCACAGAAGAGGGGAAGAAAUUAGAAGUGGUUCCUAACGAUACUAUGUCUCGACCAAAAUGUGGUUCAUGUGGCUCUCGUUGCCAACAACCGCUGCUUUUCAAGUUUUCUAACUCUUAUAUGGAGGAAUGCUUUUGUGACACUCAGUGUCUUGUAAAAUCUUCCGAUUCAUUACAUUCAUAG